GAGGUUCGUUUCUAGUCUUUGGAUUGUGUUGUUCAAAGGAGUCGAAUAUCGGUGUUACCGUUGUCUUCCGAUCCUCAACAACGCAUGCCACGAAUCCAAUGGCACUUUUUGCAACCUUAUCAUCCAGGGAAAACAGGCCAGUCAUUUUUGGCUCCGUGUUUGACAGUCGCGAGAAGCAAAUACUUUCUCCAAUGUCUUAUCAAACGGCUUCGUUCUGCUGGUCAUGACGCAAGGAGAAACGGUAUCACGGUCUCAAUUACCUCUCAAUGCCAGUCAGAGUUGCGGGGAUCACAAUCCCGGUGUGAGAUACGCAGCAUUCCUCGCAUCUUCUUCCCUCGAUGCGCUCUGGUCCAUCGCGAGGAACAUUGUCUUGCUUCAGACCUCCCUCUGUACGCAUGGGUUUCUCAUUUCCGAUCCAGCGACGAGGCGCCAUCGGCUCCGGCCGAACAUAGUCUCACGGAUAAUCCGUUUCUCUAUCUACCUAUGACGCAGAUAGGUGAUGGUGAUGGACGCAGUAUCUAUGGCAGGCCUGACUCUGUUGCCAGGUGUACGGAUGGCCGCAGUCAAAGCUGCAGAGACCCGGCAUUUGAGGCUGUUGAUCAGAGUUGAGCGGCCCGCACCAGUUCGUCCGAAUGAUCUGCGUGCACGCUUGUCACGUCUAGUUUGACAGCUCAAACUCUACUCAAGGCUGGAGUCUAAGUCAAACGGCACGAUCGACGUUGAUGGACAGUGGCGAUAUACGUUAGCAGCCAAGGUUGAAGAAACAUGACGGCUUCAAAUCGCAUUUUCUCGUGACAUUUUCUCGUGGGACUUUCCCAUCCUUCUCCUCUGCCCCCUCUAUUAAUAUCUUUGACAACCGCAUCCUUCUUCACUGCCGGCAGACCAGAUCGUCGCUCACAUCAGCUUAAGAAAGCCCGCAAGCGUGGGAUGCACCCACUCGUGCGACUGCACUUCAGCCUGUCUUACACUCCUCCGGCCAUCACCAGAGACAGACCAGAGGCUUAUUUUUGGUCGACCAGCACACCGGCUGAACAAGCGAAUGCACGUAGUAUGUAG